AUGACAUCAGGAUCGCUCGAGGCAAAGCUAAAUAUUCUGCAGGGGUAUUCUGUUUGCGAUGUCUCAGAUGCUCUUCUGAAAAUCCAAAAAGUUCCAGCAGGCGAAACUGCCCGCGCUGGUUUUCUUGCUGAUAUUGUCCCAUUCUCCCCAUCCCGAAUCAACCUAGAAAACGAACCAAAAGUAAUCGGCCCCGCGUCAACGUUCAAAUUCAUACCCAAAAAUGAUCCUCUCCCGGAAGAUACGUCACCAUCAAAGGAUCGUAUCAUCCCGCCCGGCCACCAUUGGGUGGACUGCUCACAGCCGGGGACUGUCGUCUUCAUCGAGCAGCCAGCCGGCCAGUUUUGUGCCAGCGUUGGUGGCAUAAUGGCUGCGCGAAUGAAGGUCCUAGGAGUGAAAGGGGUAGUUGUGGAUGGCCGAGUGCGGGAUUUGGCCGAGUUGCGGAGUACACAGCUACAAAUCUGGGCUCGAGCUACAUCCACCGUUGGCACGAGUGCAGAAGCCAAACCAGGUGCUCGAAACGUGCCGGUGAAGAUAGGUGGAGUGACUGUUUCUCCGGGCGAUAUUGCGUUUUGUGACCCUCUUGAAGGGGCCGCGGUUAUUCCCGCUGAACUCCUCGACGAAGUCCUGGCCUUGGUGCCCAAGCUUGCCGCCGCGGAUGAGAAGGUCAAGGAAGAUGUAUUGAGCGGGGCAAGCGUCUUCGAUUCCUUUAAUAAGCAUCGCAGCAUUUAAUGGAAUUGACGUAAUUACUCUGGUGUAACUAUUUAGCUGACAGCUCCCGCCUACUUUGUUCCUUGUAAAUAUUAAAUAUAUAUAUAUUGAACAUUUCGGAAGCCCUUUCACCAGAUGAUUGGGGCUAGCAUGUGGGGUUUCUUCGAUAAUCCGCGUCUCCGAUAUAGCGCGUUAAUCAGUCUGGGUCAUUUUAUUCCGUACUGCCGUCUGCAGUCUCCAAUAUAAGCCGAGAACAUAAAAUAUGAAAGAAAGCAAUAACUGUGUCAUACUUGUACAGUAGUAUGUAAAACACCUAUAUGAC